AUGUCUUCGAGAGCAUUGACAGCAGUCCUCAUCUUCAGUCUCCUGUCCGCCUCACCGUUUGUCGCCGCCGUCUCCGCGCAAACGGAGCCCCAAGCACCGCCCGCCGACGGCGCAUGCGGCGGUCCGGCCGUCGGGGGCAAAUGCCACAGCGUCACCAGCGCGCUGCGCCUGAAGCUGAUCGCCAUCCCGUCGAUCCUCCUGGCCAGCGUGCUGGGCGUGUGCCUGCCGCUCUUCUCCCGCUCCGUCCCGGCGCUCCGCCCCGACGGCAACCUCUUCGUCGUCGUCAAGGCCUUCGCGUCGGGGGUCAUCCUCGGCACGGGCUACAUGCACGUGCUGCCGGACUCCUUCAACGACCUCAGCUCCCCCUGCCUGCCCCAGAGGCCCUGGGCGGAGUUCCCCUUCACGGCGUUCGUCGCCAUGCUCGCCGCCGUGUUCACGCUCAUGGUGGACUCGCUCAUGCUCUCGUUCCACAGCCGUGGCAAGGGCAAGGGAAGCGCUGCCGUCGCGCACCAUGGCCAUGAUCAUGACAGCCCUCCGCCGCAGGUGCACUGUCACGGGCACGGGCAUCUGGACGUGAGUGAGGCGACGCCGGAGGCCGCGGACAUGGUCGUCGAGGACGACGUCGAGGCCGGCAAGGCACAGCUGCGCAGGAACCGUGUUAUUGUUCAGGUGCUGGAGAUGGGCAUCGUGGUGCACUCGGUGGUGAUCGGCCUCGGCAUGGGCGCGUCGCAGAACGUGUGCACGAUCCGGCCGCUGGUGGCGGCGCUCUGCUUCCACCAGCUCUUCGAGGGCAUGGGCCUCGGCGGCUGCAUCCUGCAGGCGGAGUACGGCGCCAGGAUGAAGUCGGUGCUGGUGUUCCUCUUCUCCACCACGACGCCGUUCGGGAUCGCGCUGGGGCUGGCGCUCACCAAGGUGUACAGCGACACCAGCCCGACGGCGCUCAUCGUCGUCGGCCUGCUGAACGCGGCCUCGGCGGGGCUGCUCCACUACAUGGCGCUCGUCGACCUCCUCGCCGCCGACUUCAUGGGGCCCAAGCUGCAGGGCAGCGUCAGGCUCCAGCUCGUCUCCUUCCUCGCCGUGCUCCUCGGCGCCGGCGGCAUGUCCGUCAUGGCCAAGUGGGCGUGA